AUGGGUUCCGUGGGGGGCGAGCACUUCAAGGACCUCAGCCCCGUGGUGACUCCCGAGGGGAACGUGGUGAUGAGCUUCAGCUUCGACAGCUACCAGCUGGAGGAAGAGGAGCUUCAGGCCAAAGGCUGCCAGGCCAAAGGAGUCCUCACCUUCAUGGAACCAGGUAAGAGCCCACGCAGGGUGUCGUGGGUCGUGAUCAAACUCUUCACCUUAUGCAGUUGCCUUUGCUUCCUCAAUAAUGUCCACUUUUGCAGACUCCCGACGCUUUGGACCACACAAGGAGGGGCCUGUAACAACAACAACAACAACAAUUAAAUUAAUUUAUAUCCCUCCCAUCUGGUUGGGUUCCCCUAGCCACUCUGGGUGGCUCCCAACAGAAUAUUAGUAAUAAUAAUAACAAUAACAAUAACAAUAAUAAUAAUAAUAUAAUAAUAAUACAGUCAUACCUUGGGUUGCAGUUGCUUCAGGUUGAGCAUUUUUGGGUUGCACUCCGCAGCGUUACUUCCGGGUUUCACCGCUCGCGCAUGCGCAGACCGUCAAAAUGACGUCACGCGCAUGCGCAGAAGUGGCGAAUCGCAACCCACAAUUGUGGGUUGCAUUUGCUUCAGGAUGCGAACAGGGCUCCGGAACGGAUCCCGUUUGUAUCCAGAGGUACCACUGUAGUGCGAUCAAAACAUCUGGAGGGCCAUACGGUCGCCGCACAUGCGCAGUCCGUACGGAUGUUGCACGUGCGUCACCAGGUGGUUUGCCCACCCCGCUCGGCGUCCCGCCACAGGUGCCUGAGAGGGUUCCUCCACCACUGUAACAGGGUUGUCCAAAAACUUGUAAUGAAAAUUUUUCCACCUUUCUAUAUUUCCCAAAAGGAGACGUGGGUCUCCCUUGCCUGGCACAGUAAAGUCACGUUUUGCUGUGGAUCCAGACCACUUUGCUCCUCUCAGGCUGGGAUGAAGGAAACCACGCUCCCCAGCUCAGCCUUAGAGCCAAGCGCAGGAUAGUGGUUUUUUGUUUUCUCCCAGGAAACUGUGACCCGCAGCCCAGAUUUGCUCUUGGUUUACUGAUGGUGGUUUCUUGGAGCAAAACGAAGCACAAACCUUGGUUUGGUUGUAGAAAACUUAGCCAGGGAUUGUGAUUUGCUUCUUCUGGGCAAUGCUAAACCACAUAACUCCAGUACGGCGUGACCAACAGAUUUUGCAUUUCCUCUGUUUGUUGGACUCUGUUAAUCUCUCUGCAUAUACGCUGGUCUUUCCACGCUCCGUGAUAUGUGAUUUGGAGACGUUGCACAGCUAAGAUCUGGUAUUUGAGCACCUCCUGAGUAUCCGCCAAAAGGUUGCAAUUUGCCAAAUGGAAUUUAAUCAGACUGGUAUUUAUCGUCUUGAACGUGCAUCAUCCCCUCAGGCGCUAGAUACCCUGCAAGAGCCUGCCGCUUCCGAACAUUAAUGCCAGCAUCUUAAAAAUUAAAAGCAGAGAGGGGUGGUUAAAUCCCUUUUCCAAGCUGGAAUGAGUUUUCUGCUCUGGAACGUCUUCCGUUUUUAUCCUCUGGGAGCCCAUGAACAGAGAUUUAUACCCCUGCCUUCUUCAUAACAGCUCCAAUCCUGUGCACGCUUACUCAGGAGAAGGCCCAGUGAGCAGAGUAGGAGUUAUUUGUGAGCAGGGUUGCAAUGCUUAGUUGGCUGAAUGAAUUAAAUGUUUUAUUGUGACGGCACCUGCACACUGUACAGUGGUACCUUGGUUUUCAAGCGUCUCGGAAGCUGAACGUUUCGGAACCCGAACGCCAAAAACACGGAAGUAAUUGCUUCUGUUUUCGAACGCACCUCGGAAAUCGAACGGCUUCCGCUGUGUGUUUCUAAAUUUUUUCAACUGAACUUGCAGCCAGACCUUUGCGCCUUGGUUUUCGAAUGUUUCAGAAGUCGAACGCUCUUCCAGAGUGGAUUACAUUCAAAAACCACUAUACUCUUUUCGGCACCUGCAAAAAACAUCCCUGCUUGGGCAAGCCUACCCAGAUAUCCAGAAUACUGGUGUGUUUUUUUGUUUAUUGCUGGCUUUCAAUUUUUGAAUGCAUUGUUUUUACGAAUCAUUUAAUUGCCCUGUUCUCUUUGUGAGCUGCUUUGAGGUUUUCUUCACUAUAAACGCCACAAAAUAAAUAAAUGUAACCUCUUGCUCACCAUUUCUCCAAACCAGAAAAAGCUCCAGACGUUGCGACGUUUUCUCAUUAUCGCUCCAUCCUUUUGGGUGCCCUUUUCUGAACCCCUUUUUCCAACUCUUCAACUUCCCUUAGGAGGUGAAGCGACCUUUUCUAGAUCUCCCGCAAUCACGUCACUCUCAUUUUCUCUCUUCUUUCCUGGCUAUAGUCUGCGAAGACCCUGAGCCCCAGGACCGCUACCAUGGGAUUUACUUCGCCAUGCUGCUAGCAGGGGUCGGUUUCCUCUUGCCUUACAAUAGCUUUAUCACAGACGUGGACUAUCUCCAUCACAAAUACCCAGGUACUGGUUCCUCAAUAUUUAAGAAGAACAUUCUGGAAGGUCAAAAAAUUCAGGUUUAGGCUGUUUUCCCGGAGCCAGUCAUUCCAUCCCCAGGCAUUCAACACUCCUUCAGAUAUAUUCCCCCUCCCUCCUUUCCUUCUUAAGUAUUUUUAUUUAAUUCUAUCCAUAAUAUCCAAAUAACAAAACAUGAGACAAACACGUAAAAACUAAACUGAAUCGUUCCAGGCUGGCAUGGGAUGUUAACAUUUACAAAAAGAAGUUGUAAAGCUGCUAAGAUCAUAUAUGAUGCGAGUUCUUUUGACUACUGGUAUCAUCGAGACGAUGCAGCAACAAUAUUAUUAUUUAUUCUUGUUUAUUCAAUUUAUAUACCGCCCUUUAUCAAAAGAUCCCAGGGCGGUGUACAACAUUAAAAACACAUCACAGAACAUCAAUGUUAAAAACAUAAUAAGAAACAUAGUAAAAAAAACCCAUACUGAUAGGCAGCCUAAUAAUAAAGCAAUCAUCCCAAGAAAUAUGCCUGAGGAAGGUGGAUGGGACCCCUCCUCCAGCUGUGUGUUAGUGGGCAGAGACAAAAGGGUUUAUGGGAUGUAGGAUUUCAGUUUCGAUGAUGUAAGCAAGGAAAAUCGAUAGUAUUAUUAGUUUCUAUCGUAAUAUUUAUUGUUUCUUUUAAAACUAAAUGCCAAAAACCUUGCAGUGAUAUCAGUGUAUUGAAGCUGAAAUCACCAGGUGCGAAAACACUCAAAGCGCCAUAGAGAUAAUUUUAGGAGGUCCAGCUGAUGGCUGGAGUUCAUAGCUGUCAACUUUUCCCUUUUCUUGCAAGGAAUCCUAUUCGCAAUAAGGGAAUUUCCCUUGAAAAAAGGGAAACGUUGACAGCUAUGACGGAGUUGCUCCCGUCUUGCUUCUGGUUUGAAGGCAGAGCUGGCGGCCAAGAGAAAGCAAAUCUCGUGCACCUGGGGCCUGUAUCCUGAAAGCUUAUUUUGCCCUUCUUGCUGCCUUCCUCUCCUUCUGCAGGGACCUCUAUCGUGUUUGAUAUGAGCCUUACCUACAUCUUGGUUGCCUUGGCAGCCGUCAUCCUCAACAACGCACUGGUGGAAAUGUUGAGCCUCCACACCAGGAUCGCGGUGGGUAAGUCUUGCCAGGCAAAGCUCAUGUUAGGCUCGCCACUAAUGCAGCGAACCUCUGUCCACAGCUUUCUUCCGUUUGUCAACAUCUUCCUUUAAAAGCGCAGAUCUCAGGAAAGAUGCAGGCCACGUUUCGCCAACCUCGAGCGCUCCAAGGACUCAGCUACAUUAGUUAAAAAACAGAGUUUCGAAUGCGUUAUAAACAUGCAACACUAGAUGGCAAAAAAAAAAAAAAAGAUUCUUUGUGAUUUUCCAUUGUGGUUCCCCCCCCCCCUUUUGUUAUAACGAUUUAAUUUCUGACAUUUAUAGCGCUUUCCCCCCUGUGUGUAGAUCCACUCCAAGUGUUUUGUACUACAAAUCACAUCCAUCCCAGCCAGAUGUUUUGUAGUCCAGAACAUCUGGGGGCACCAGGUUAGGGAGAAUGCAUGCAGCCUCCUAGAUGAUGAUGCAGAUGUUGAUGAUGAUGAUAAGUAAAAAAAAUUUUUUUUUUUAAUUUAUAGGCUGCCCAUCUGAUUGGGUUGCCCCAGCCACUCAGAACAGCUUCCAGCAAAAUAUAAUCUGGUUGACAUCCAUCUGCCUCAAGAGACAAUGGAAGAGUGUGCCUUUGGGAGUGAGGUCAAGCUGUUGGACAGUUGUAGCACCUGCUGCGGCUGUAUAGACCGAUAGGGGAGAGACAUGUUUUGUUGCAGCCGGGGCAGAUGGAGGCGUCCGGUUGCGCUGAUUCAGAUGCACCAAGGCGUUUCUUCUCUCUGUGCUCCUCCCAGUGGUCAUUCCUCCUCUGUUCACUGCUAUGGAUGCACAACCUGACUGUCUCUCUCCAGGCACUGUGUUCGUCUGCAAGGGAAUCCCACACAGUAGGGUUGAUGUCACCAGCCUUUGUAGAUAUCUUUGUAACACAGAGUUGGUCUGCCAACGGGCCUGGUGCCUGAAGCCAGCUCCCCACAGAGCAUGUCCUUGGGGAUCCUGCCCCCUUUAUUAUUUAAAUUUAUAUGCUGCUGUUCCAUAUAAAUAUGCCCAAAGCAGCUCACAACAGAACAGUAUUAAAAGCACAACUCUUAGUAAAAAGAACAUUUUCUGCUGAUAGUCCCAUGAAGAACCUAUUCCAGUAGAGAUGGAAGAACCUAUUCCAUCAGAUGUUCUUGUUCAGGUGUCCUUCCAUUCUGUGGACCUGACCAAGCCAGCAUAGAGGUCACUGAGACAGGGAUGCAAACAUGCUGGGAAUGUGGACUGUUGCCAAAAUUUUAGGGGAGAAUGAAAGAGACAAGGCAGCUGUUAAGUGGGAGGGAUUUCCAUCCCAUAAUCCCAGUUCUAGUUCAGGAUUUACAUCAUCACCAUCAUUGUUGUUAUUUUACAGUGGUCCCUUGGUUCUCAAACUUAAUCCAUUCCGGAAGUCCAUUCCAAAACCAAAGCGUUCCAAAACCAAGGUGUGCUUUUCCAUAGAAAGUAUUUCAAAAUGGAUUAAUCUGUUCCAGACUAAAAACAACCCCUAAAACAGCAAUUUAACAUGAAUGUUACUAUCUAACGAGACCAUUGAUCCAUAAAAUGAAAGCGAUAAACAAUGUACUGCAGUCACACAAUCAAUCAGUAGCUGAACUGGGUUCCACACAGUCACAAAAACAAACAAAAAAAAAAGAGCUGCAAAAAUAAAACCGCAAAAUAAAUAGCAAAAACAGACAGACCUCAGCGUAACACUCAAAAUGGAAGUGUGGCACUCAAAACGGAGCACGUUUGGCUUCCGAAAAAAGUUCACAAACCGGAACACUUACUUCCGGGUUUGCAGUGUUCGGGUUCCAAGUUGUUUGAGUACCAAGGCGUUUAAGAACCAAGGGACCACUGUACUUAUCUUGCAAAAAAUUCAAAGCGAUUUGCUCCAAGAAACAAACAUAUAUUAAAACCAAAUCAAGCAUGCCACCCACUCAAGCGAGCCACAGUUAGUGAAGAGCCAAAAGCCUUGCAAAAAAGGAUUUCCCCCCCCCGGCACCUAAAUAAAUGUAACAAUGGUCCCAGGCCAGCCUCUCUGGGGAGAGCAUAUUCCGUAAGCUGGGAGUCACCACCGAAAAGGCCCCGUUCUCAUGUUUCCACCCUCCGGACCUCACCCAGGGAACGAAGAAGGGUCUCAGGUGAUGGACACAGUGUCUGGGUCAGUUUGUAGGGUUUCAGUGAAUGUGGUUGGCUUGCAGCUUGAAGUCAAGUCAAGUAACCUUUAUUGGCAUCACAUAAGAACAUUCAGAAUACAUUCAGAAUAGAUAGGCCAGUGUGAUCUCGUCGCCACCCCAAUGGCACAGUCAACCACCAAAGGGCAGAAGGGGCAAGCAAUCUGCCUCAUCUCUGUGGGUUUCCAGCAAGGGCAGGAUCCUGUAGCAUACUUCGGCGACAAAAAAAUAAAUCAAAUACAGUGGUGCCUCGCAAGACGAAAUUAAUUCGUUCUGCGAGUUUUGUCGUCUUGCGAUUUUUUUCGUCUUGCAAAGCACGGUGUCGGGAAAGUUUUGGAAAAGCUUCAAAAAUCACCAAAGUCUUUAAAAACCUCAAAAAAAGGCUACCACACCGCGUUCUAUGAGUUGCUCCUCGAAGUCAAGUCGCAACUGUAUUAACGGUGUUAAGAAAAAGGAAACAAACUUGCAAGACGUUUCCGUCUUGCGAAGCAAGCCCAUAGGGAAAACCGUCUUGCGAAGCAGCUCAAAAAACAAAAAACCCUUUCGUCUAGCGAGUUUUUUUGUCUUGCGAGGCAUUCGUCUUGCAAGGUACCACUGUAGAGGAAUUUAGCUACUGUCUUGGUGAACUCCUGGUCUCUCUCCUGUAAUAAGAAGCUCAUAACUUCCGUCUCUGGUUUCCAUGUUGGGAUAGGUGGUCUAGAAAUUGUUGGCGGAGAUCAUCACACAUUUUACAUUUAAGGGCCAUGUGAGCUGGAGUUUUCACCGGGUGGGCAUCGCAUGGGCAGAGCCUAUCUCCUUCUGCCAAACCCGCAAACCUACCCCAAAGGAGGUUAGAAGGAUUAGAAUUGAACCUAGCCAGCGAAAAAGCCCUUCUUUCUUGCGGAUUAAAUAAGAAAUUUAAAUAAUUAAGAUUAAGUUCCUGCGUUGCAGCUUGAAGCUCCGGGCACUUCUUGUUGAGAAAUGAUUCCCGCCCCCCUUCUCUGUUCCAGGGUACCUGUUUGCCUUGGGCCCCCUCCUCUUCGUCAGCAUCUGUGACGUCUGGCUGGACCUCUUCACGCAGGCGCAAGCUUACGCCAUCAACCUCAUUGCCGUGGGCGUGGUGGCCUUUGGUUGCACAGGUAGGCGGGGGGCGGGCAGGGGGCAGCCAGCCUCACAAUGGACACAAUAAUCAUAAUUUAUUAUGUCUACCCUGCCCAUUUGGGAAAGAUGGAGGGCACAAGGAGAAGGGGAGGACAGAGGACGAGAUGGUUGGAUAGUGUCUUCGAAGCUACCAGCAUGAGUUUGACCAAACUGCGGGAGGCAGUGGAAGACAGGAGUGCCUGGCGUGCUCUGGUCCAGGGGGUCACGAAGAGUCGGACACGACUAAACGACUAAACAACAACAACAACCCUGCCCAUCUGGCUGGGUUUCCCCAGCCACUCUGGGCGGCUCCCAACAUAUUAAAAACAGCAUAAAACAUUGAACAUUAAAAACUUUCCUAAACAGGGCUGCUUUCAGAUGUCUUCUAAAAGUCGGAUAGUUGUUUAUUUCCUUGACAUCUGAUGGGAAGGCGUUCCACAGGGCGGGUGCCACCACCGAGAAGGCCUUCCGCCUAGUUUCCUGUAACCUUGCUUCUCGCAGGGAGGGAACUGCCAGAAGGCCCUUGACACUGGACCUCAGUGUCUGGGCUGAACGAUGGGGGUGGAGACUGUUAGGAUCGUCCUCCUCUUGUGUAGGGCCCUGGUAGAGAUAUGUGCCUGACUGGCAUGUUCUCUCCCUCCUGGUCGGUCAUUCAGGAGCUUCAAAAGCUUUCUUCAGCCUGAACAUCACAGCGACUGAUACCAAAAGGCAUCAGCACACUUACGAUCCUGCAGAGUAUUUGCGUAACAGAACUCAGUAGCUCAGCAUUUUGGCUAAUCUACUUUAUUUACAUAUAAUACACUUGGAGCAUUCUGACUUAGCUCCUUCCUCUUUCUCAUCAGACAGCAAAGAGAGAGAAAAACAAAGGACAAUAGUCCCACUUCACGGAACACAGUAAUACCAAAACAUCCUGUCUCCAUCACUUCCCACUCUGUGGAAUGAAAACAUAUACCAUCAUGUGAUAGACAACAAUCCCAUGACUGCAAACAUGGAGCAAGAAUCCUAACUCCUUCGGCUAUACUGGACUGAGGCCGUUUCCCCUCCCCUUUAAUUGCUUUAGCUGGGAUUCCUGCAUUGCAGGGGGUUGGACUAGAUGACCCUCGGGGGUCCCUCCCAAUUCUACGAUUCCACAAUUCUGCCAUUUUCCUCCCUGAAUUCCUCUGCUCCCCGUAGGCACAGCCCAGAUCAAAGGCAGGACUUAAAUGUCACAAAACGAAUCCAGAAAGCCGUUUCUGGAAUAAGUCUGGAAUCAAGCUUGAAUUUGCUGGCAGCUUUAUCCAACUCAGUUCCCUCCAGAUUUGUGGACUUCUGCUUCCAUCAGCCCCAGGCAGCCAAGCCAUUGCUGUCCAGCUGGAAGCCACUAGGCUGGGAAGGCUGACAGAAUAACCAUGCUCCUAUUCUAGGGUUACCAGACGCCCCGGUUCCCGGGGACAGUCCCCGGAUUUGCAAAUCUGUCCCCAGAAAAUGUUGCAAUGGCAGCCUCAGCAGCCCAGAGCCAGCCUGGUAGUGCAGUUGGCUCUGGCUGGCUUCAGGAGCUGCUCGCUGCCAUGGCCCCACCAUUUUUCCUCGCCGAAAGUCCCCAUAUGAUGUGUUGCGCACAAGACACAUCAUAUGGGGACUUCCGGGAGGCAAACUGGUGGACGCCACAGCAGCGAGCAGCAAGCAGAUCCUGAAGCCAGCCAGAGCCAACUGUGCUACCAGGCUGGCUCCGGGCUGCUGACUGCCGCUGCUGAAGGGGAACCGGGGACGUCUGGCGGUACAGAUCUCCUGCCCCCUUCCCCCUUUGUUUUGACUGAUUGGGGGAGGCUCGGGAGUUGCAGGUGGCUGGCUGUUGCCCAGUUUUUAAAAAACUCUGUGCAUUUAUGUUUUACAAUCCUCACUACUGACUCCCUGUUGCUACUCAGCUUCAAAAAAAAAAAAAAAAAGUGUCCCCGGAUUCAUUGAAAAAAAAUCUGGUAAUCAUAUCCUAAUCUUUUCUUCUGUCUGUCUGUCUGUCUCUCUCCUCUUAAGUGCAGCAAUCCAGCUUUUAUGGCUACACCGGGAUGUUACCAAAGCGCUACACCCAGGGGGUGAUGACCGGCGAGAGUGAGUAUUGUCCAAAAUCCAACCCCCCAUUUUUUUGUUGUUUUCACUUAUUUACCGUAUUGGCUCGAAUAUAAGCCGCACUCCCCCACCCCCUAAUUCCGACCGUGAAAAGUUAAAGUUCGGCUUAAAUUUGCGACCUUACAAAAAUGGGCUUUUACGAUAUCGCUGCUGAAACAGACGUGCGGUAAAACGGAACAGGAAAAUGUUUUAUGGCCGAUUUGUGAGCUCGAGACUGUUCCUUUGCCAUUUGCAUGUGUGCGUGCCUGUGGAAUUGUAGCAACUGAAUAGUAAUUUGCGAUGUUAGCGAUUGUACUACAACUUUUGCAGGCUUGCAAGAUCAAAGGCUUAAAUUGACUUGGAGUUACGAUUCUACCAACCGCAGCGAUUCUCAGCCUGUAACCCAAUUUUAAGGGAGCAGCUUGUAUUCGGGUAUUGUCUCCCCACCCCCUUGAAUUUUAAAGGUGUGGCUUAUUUGUGGGUGCAGCUUAUAUCCAGGCCAAUACGGCAUAUAAGAAACAAGAAUCAACAUUCAACAAUCCAUCUGUCAGGGACUGUUUAUCUGUGAUUCCUGCAUCGCAAGGGGGUUGGAAUAGAUGACCACUGGAGAUGACAAGCAAUCAUUUGAAUGUUUAUUUCAAUAGUGUGAGUGAAUGUAAAUACAUGGCUACUCCAGGAGAGAAAUAGCCAACAGAGUCCCCUCCAGGUGCCCACCAUCCCUGAUCAUGGUAUCUGUUCAGCCACUGUGAAAUCAGGAUGGUGGACUAGAUCAGCCAUUGGCUCCACCCAGGAGCCUCUCCUUAUGAUCUUACGUCAGCCGUGCUGCCGUCAUCAGGUGAGGAAAGAGAUCUGAAGUCCUGCUUCUUCAGGGCCAGCUAAGUGUCUGGAUAUCGAGAUCUCCUGAUGAUGCUUUUCUUAAACCAGCGGUUCUCAACCUGUGGGUCCCCAGAUGUUGUUGGACUACAACUCCCAGCACCCCUAGCUAGCAAGGCCAGAGCUCAGGGAUGAUGGGAGUUGUAGUCCAACAACAUCUGGGGACCCACAAGUUGAGAACCGCUGUCUUAAAACGAUUGUGCAGGGAGGGCUGGGAAACAGCCCAGGUGUGUGUGUGUGUGCAGGUGAAAUCCUUCCCUGAUCAAAAUCACUCUUCCUCGCUCCCCAUAAUAAUAAUAAUAAUAAUAAUACUUUAUUUAUAUGCCACCCAUCCAACUGGGUUGCCCCCAGCCACUCUGGGCGGCUCCCAACGACUACAACAAAAAGUAAAAACACAAUACAACUUUGCACCCUAAAAACUUCCCUGCUUUUUGUGGGGGGCAAAUGCCUUCCCCCAGGGAGGAACUAGAAUGGUAAGAGCUCUUUUUACCAUGAACAAUAAGUUACUAGAGGAGAAGGAAUUGGUAUUUUCCUCUGCUGCACUUCUGUAGGUUCGUGAUUGUAGAUUCCUAGAUUUCUCUCAUACAGAGAAGCUCCUGCUGGAGCUGCCAUUGAUUUCCGUGGGCAGUAAACGCUCCUCAGUAGUGCAGUAUUAAUCUGACUAAUAAUGAGCUUGAGCUGGAAGAUUAAUCAACUGAAACUCCGGAGAAGAGGGGAAGGUUGUUAGAUUUCUGCAGCAGGCUGCUAGGAAACCUGCCGUUUCUCUGUCUCGCGAGGGAGGUGCUUGAGAGAGUCACAGCCCUGCGGCAGAAGAGUCAACCUCUGAGCCCAGCUGACCCAAAUUUUGGCCCCAAGGAAAUCUAGAUUCUGGGGCUGUGGUUAAAUAAGGCAAACCAAGCAGAUUGGGAAGAGGACGUUCCUGGCUUUGAGGCAUUUUGUAAUUUGUAAAUGGAAUAGAAUAAAUGGCUACUGGUCUGUUUCCAGGCACAAUUCAAAAUGCUGGCUGUGCUCUGCACUGCUUAUGUCCAGGCUAUCAGAAAGACCAGGGUCUAGCUAGCGGGACCAGUGGUCAGGGAUGAUGGGAAUUGUAGCCCCAAAUCAACUGGAAACCCAAGUUUGAGAAACCCUGAGAAGGACUAUCUUCCCUCAUGCGCCCGCCACCCUCAGAGGACCACUUGGUGGGGUGGCGGGAGAGGGCCUCCUCGGUGGUGGCUCCUUCCAGGCAACUUUGGAACUCCCUGCCUAGGGAAGGCAGACUGGCUCCCUCCUUGCCGUCCUCCUGCCAUCAUAUUGUUCCAACUGGCUUUGGGGAACAGACUGCUUUCAUGAAAGCCCUGGUGCUGUGCUAUUUUAAUAGAUCAAUUCAGACACUGAGAGAUUAUAUUAAUGUUUAAUUAUUUUAAAUGAUUGCGGGUCUGGUCCCCCCUCCCCAUGUUUUUGACUGUUUUUGUCUUAUCUUUGAGCUGCUUUGUGUCCCUGCAAGGGAAAAAGGUGGGGUAUUAUUAUUAUUAAAGGUAAGGAUGCUAGUAAAGGUAAAGGUAAAGGGACCCCUGACCAUUAGGUCCAGUCACGGACCACUCUGGGGUUGUGGCACUCAUCUUACUUUAUUGGCCGAGGGAGCCGGCGUACAGCUUCCAGGUCAUGUGGCCAGCAUGACUAAGCCGCUUCUGGCAAACCAGAGCAGCGCAUGGAAAUGCCGUUUACCUUUCCACCGGAGUGGUACCUAUUUAUCUACUUGCACUUGACGUGCUUUCGAACUGCUAGGUUGGCAGGAGCAGGGACUGAGCAACGGGAGCUCACUCCGUCGCGGGGAUUUGAACUGCCAACCUUCUGAUCGGCAAGUCCUAGGCUCAGUGGUUCAGACCACAGAGCCACCCGCGCCCCAAGGAUGCUGGUACAGAGGCCAAAUACAAGUGUUUUUGCACAUGUGUGUAAUAAUAAUAAUAAUAAUAAUAAUAAUAAUAAUAAUAAUAUCAUCAUCUUUGGAACGUAACCCCUGUGCAAGAUGCGACCAUACUGAAGUCUUAAAGUCGGAGGUUUCUGCAGCACAGAUGAGGCUCAGGGUUGCACCUGACUUGCCAGGGUCCCCUUGCUGUAUUCCCUACCUCCUUCCCCCUUCUUCCUAGAACUGUGUGUGGGAAUGUUAAAGAUAGUACAAAAGGAUAUAUUGAAUAAGUAUUAUCCUUAUUUCACUCACGCUAGUGAUGUAGUGAUGUAGCAGAGCAGAUUCCCCUCAAUAUAGCUGGAAGCUAGUGUGCAGAUUUAUUUGAAUCUCUUAGUUAAGAUUAUUUCUCAGUGUCCCCUUUAAUCCCACUUAAAAGAAUAAGGACACGAGAGUCUUUCAGAGUACAGUAGAACCUUGUGUUAUGUACCGUCCUCCUUGCGAACGCUGUGGGUUACGAGCUCCGCUAACCCGGAAGUAGAUGCUCCUGGCUGCGAACUUUGCCCUGGGAUGCGAGCAGAAGUCGCGCACCAGUGCCAGCAGCGGCAGGCACCAUUAGCGAAAGCGUGCCUCGUGGCAGUUUCAGGUUAAGAAUGGACCUCCAGAACGGAUUAAGUUUGUAACCGGAGGCACCACUGUAAAGUCACAAAAAGUUUACUCACAUUUCAGUUCACGAUUUGAUCCCUGAAAGGCAGAAUUUACAGUGGUACCUCGGGUUAAGAACUUAAUUCGUUCUGAUGGUCCGUUCUUAGCCUGAAACUGUUCUUAACCUGAAGUACCACUUUAGCUAAUGGGGCCUCCUGCUGCUGCCACAUGAUUUCUGUUCUCAUCCUGAAGCAAAGUUCUUAACCCGUGGUACUAUUUCUGGGUUAGCAGAGCCUGUAAAAAAAAAGCGUAUGUAACCCAAGGUACCACUGUGCUUGGUAGUUACACAAAGAAACUGUGGUUGAUCUCAUAUGGAGGCUGAACUCAGGUGCUGCUGGCUGAGAGCCAGCAGACAGCAAAAUUAUGUUGAAAUAACAAAAUGGCUGCAGGCAGGAGAGCAGCAUGGCAGCAAAAGACAGAGCAAGACAAUAGAAAGAUAAAACAGACUGAGAAGCUGGUUGCAUGACUUGGCUCUUUAUGGAGUCAGCCAGAUCCAUGCCCAUCUCCCAGGUCACAUGUACGGGGGAGAUGCUCCAGGAAGUUACACUGACUGGAUGUCCCCCUGCCUGUGCCCACGCUAGGGAAAUAAGACAUGUUGCAUUUGACUGCACCAGCGGAUUACGUGCCACACUUGGAAGGGACCCUGAGGAUCAUCUAGUCCAACCCCCUGCUUUGCAGUAAUCGGGGUCCGGGUGUCGUUCGCUUGUUUCUGUUUUUAUUGUCAUUGUGUACAGUGGACUCUCUGGAUAUGAAUUUAAUUCGUUCCAGGUGUCGGUGCGCACCCUGAAAAAUCUGUAUCCAGAGGCGUUACUUCUGCGCACGCGCGAGCGGCGAAACCCAGAAAAAUACUUCCGGGUUUGCCGCUUUUGCAACCCGAAGUUGCGAAACGUAACCCGAGGGUCUACUGUACAGUCAUACCUCAUGUUAUGUUUGCUUCAGGUUGCGUGUUUUCAGGUUGCGUCCUGCGGUGACUCGGAAGUACCGGAAAGGGUUACUUCUGGGUUUCACCGCUCGUGCAUGCGCAGAUGCGAAAAAUGACAUCACAUGCAUGCACAGAAGCAGCAAAUCGCGACCCACACAUGGGUAGACAUGGGUUGCGUUCUUUUCAGGUUGCGAAUGGGCCUCCGGAACAGAUCCUGUUCACAACCAGAGGUACCACUGUAUUUGUGUUUUUAUAUUGUAAUUGUAUCCUGUGAGACCUGAGGGUAUAGGGCGGUAUAUAAAUUUAGUAACAAUAAUAAUAAUAAUAACCGUCAGCUUUCCUGCUCUCGCUUCCUCAGGCACCGCCGGGGUCAUCAUUUCGCUGAGCCGCAUCUUCACCAAACUCCUCCUGUCGGACGAGAAGGAGAACACCAUCAUCUUCUUCUUCAUCUCCAUCACCCUCGAGCUCCUCUGCUUCAUCCUCCACCUCCUGGUGAAGCGGACACACUUUGUGAAGUACUACACCGCCCGCUCUCGGGACAGGGGGGCCCCCGAGUGCAGGGGGGCCGGAGGCCACGGCUCUGGGUACAGGGUCCACCACGACGUGACAGCCGAAGACAUCCGAUUUGUAAGUGGCCCCUUCCCCGUGCAAGUGAGCCCACGAGUUGGGCAGGGGGUGUCAGGAUGGAACCACUUUUUCUCUAUUGCAUUUGAAAAUUCGGAUCAUUGUUGUUUUUAAUUUAAAAACAGCCGUGUCUUGAGCAUAUAAUUUAAAUAGACAGCGCCUAUAUGAUAUUGAGCAACAGAAUAAUCUGACCACAAUAAGGAAAUUUUGUCCAUGGUAUUAUUUUCCACCUAGUCAUUUCUACGUGUCUCUCUCUCUGUGAAUAUUGAAUUAAAGACCUUGGUAAGAGCUUCUUGCCUUUCCACUACUGGCAGACCGCCGUGAGGGAGGGGGGUCAGAUUCCCUGAAGGACAACAGGUGAUGAGGCUGGUUCUUUCCUCCCCUUUUGCUCUCUCAGGAGAACCGGCCGGGCGGGCAAGAGGCCUCCCCCCCAGAAGCCUUUGGGCAGGAGGGGGAGCUGGCUGGCGGCGGAGGCACUUACGUGAGAUUUGAUGUCCCUCGGGCCAAAUUCCAGAGGAGCUGGCCGAGCUUCAGAGGUAAGGGUAAGGGGUCCCUCCCAGGGGCGUCACAAGGGGUGCGUGGGGGGUGCGGUCCACCUCGGGUGUCAGGCCUGGGGGGGUGAAAAAAUAUCCCUGGGUGGAUUGGUGUGGUGGCGCUCGCACUCCCAGCAGGCAGAUUUUUGCGAUUGGCGUAGUCGUUGGCACGAAAAUACGCCCGCUGAUUGUGCAAAUACGCCCAGCGAUCAGUCUCGCACCCCCCCAGUGUACAGCGUUCACACACCCCAGUGGGAGGAGCUUGCAUCCUCGUCGGGCAGUUUUAAGCGAUCGGUGGUUGGAUUAUCGUGCUUGGCGGGCGGCGCUCAGUAACCUUCCCUAAAAACUCUGGGCAACGUUCCCAAAAAUUGCAAUGGUGGCGGGGUGACAAAAAAAAAUUGCACCAGGUACCACCUGACCUUGCUAUGCCUCUGAUCCCUCUUGGGGAGAAAGGUGCCCAAGACUUUUGUGGGUGCAGCCACUGCCUGGCCUUUCCCCAUGAUGUUGUUCCCUACUGUGGAAACCCCUCUCUGCCCCUUUGUAAAAAGGGUGCAAACUCCCCAGUCCCAGUUACACCGCGACCCCCACCUCCUGUGCCACCCCUCCCUUGCAGACAUGAUGCUCCACCGAUACAUCGUCUCGAGAGUCAUCUGGGCUUACAUGCUCUCCAUCGCGAUGACGUACUUCAUCACGCUGUGCCUCUUCCCCGGACUGGAGUCGGAAAUCCGGAAUUGCACCCUCGGGGAGUGGCUUCCCAUUCUCAUCAUGGCCAUCUUCAACCUCUCAGACUUUGUGGGCAAGGUAGGAGCUGGCUGCUGCGCCCCCCCCCAUCCGAAGUAGGUACCCAGCGCCCCACUGAGAAGAGGGAUUUUGAGUUAAUUUAUUUCAAACAUAGGCAAACUCUGGCCCUCCAGAUAUUUGGGACUACAGUUCCCAUCAUCCCUGACCACUGGUUCUGUGAGCUAGUGAUGAUUGGAAUUGUAGUCCCAAACAUCUGGAGGGCCAGAGUUUUCCUAUGCCUGAUUUAUUUACUCCAUUCACGCGCCACCUUUUUCUCCAAGUAAAAACAUAAUAGAAAAAAACACCAAUUUAAAAUACAGGUUAAAAUGCGGCCUCAUUUAAAAAGUAGCCCAUAGAUCAAAAUCGUAAGGGGAGGGAAACAUAAGGGUCAGACUGAGUCCAAACCAAAGGCCAGGUGGAAAAGCUCUGUCUUGCAGGCCCUGCGGAAAGAUGUCAAGGCCCUAGUCUCUUGUGACAGAGCGUUCCACCAAGUUGGGGCCAGUACCGAAAAGGCCCUGGCCCUAGUUGAGACCAACCUAACCACCUUGCCACUUGGGACCUCCAAAGUGUUGUCAUUUGUGAACCUUAAGGUCCUCCACGGGGCAUACCAGGAGAGACGGUCCUGUAGGUACGAGGGUCCUAGGUCGCAUAGGGCUUUAAAGGUCAAAACCAGCACCUUGAACCUGACCCUGUACUCCACCGGGAGCCAGUGCAGUUGGUAAAGCACUGGAUGAAUGUGAUCCCACGGCGAGGACCCCGUGUGGAGUCUUGCUGCAGCAUUCUGCACCCACUGGAGUUUCUGGGUCAGCUUCAAAGGCAGCCCCGCGUAGAGCGAGUUACAAUAAUCUGUCGAAUGGUCUCUUUAAAUUUGAAGGGUCAUUAUUGUUUCACAAGAUGUGUAUGUCUUUAACGCCCAGAGCAAAUAACAUGACCUGGUUUUACAGCUGUGAAGCAGUAUAGCAGGUGCUGUUAAGAUGUGGUAAUUAAGCUGUUGGGUAUGGGAUAUAAAGAGCAGUAUGUAGCUCUCUCAGUACCCUGGUGGAUGGGUCAUGCUUAUGGAUAUAUUGUAAUUUAGUGUAAAAGGAGUUUUUGUUUUUGUUAUUAAAACCUAGCAAAAGUUAUUUUGCGUUUCUUGAAUGUGUGGUCUCCUCAGCACGCCUUCUGCAGCGCAACUAAUCUGCAAAUAGCCAACAUAAUCGAGCCCGGAGGUGACCGUCGUGUGGAUCACUGUGGCCAGGUAAGGGGCCAACUGCUUAACACAGCGCCUUCCUCUUUGCCCUUCCAGAUCCUGGCUGCCUUGCCUUACGACUGGAGGGGCACACACCUCCUCAUCUAUUCCUGCCUGAGGGUCGUCUUCAUCCCGCUCUUCAUCAUGUGCGUCUACCCCAAUGGGAAGCCCACCUUCGGCCACCCGGCCUGGCCUUGCAUCUUCUCCCUCCUGAUGGGCAUCACUAACGGCUACUUUGGCAGCGUGCCCAUGAUCCUGGCGGCAGGCAAAGUGAGCCCCGAGCAGCGGGAGCUGGCAGGUAAGCGGGCAGGUGGGGAGCCGGCUGCCCUGCCCUGCAGGGGGGUCGCCAUGGAGGAAGGGGCUGGCAGAGUAUCCACAAAGGGAAGAUUCGCACCUGGGUCCCAUUGCACCGAGAGAGGGCUCGUAGGUGGCAGGGAUCGCCAUGGGGCGAGGGUUCAUCCAUUUCGGCUGUUACUCAACGGCAUUUGCUUCCAGGUCACUCCAGAGCCAUUUUUUCAUUAGAGAACGACGCCAAUUCUCGGGAAGUUCUUACAGAAAUCGAGUGCUUUUAGAAGACAUCUGAAGGCAGCCCUGUAAAGGGGCGUUUUUAAUGUUUGAUGUUUCCCUGUCUUCUUCUACUUGCUUCCGGGUUUGCGGCGUUUGAGAACCAAGGUUGUUGUUGUUUAGUCGUGUCCGACUCUUCGUGACCCCCUGGACCACAGCACACCAGGCACUCCUGUCUUCCACUGCCUCCGUCGUCCCCUUCUCCUUGUGCCCUCCAUCUUUCCCAACAUCAGGGUCUUUUCCAGGGAGUCUUCUCUUCUCAUGAGGUGGCCAAAGUCUUGGAGCCUCAGCUUCAGGAUCUGUCCUUCCAGUGAGCACUCAGGGCUGAUUUCCUUCAGAAUGGAGAGGUUUGAUCUUCUUGCAGUCUAUGGGACUCUCAAGAGUCUCCUCCAGCACCAUAAUUCAAAAGCAUCAAUUCUUUGGUGAUCAGCCUUCUUUAUGGUCCAGCUCUCACUUUCAUACAUCACUACUGGGAAAACCAUAGCUUUAACAAUAUGGACCUUGGUCGGCAAGGUGAUGUCUCUGCUUUUUAAGAUACCGUCUAGGUUUGUCAUUGCUUUUCUCCCAAAAACCAAGGUAAAGGGACCCCUGACCAUUAGGUCCAGUCGUGGCUGACUCUGGGGUUGCGGUGCUCAUCUCGCUUUAUUGGCCGAGGGAGCUGGCGUACAGCUUCUGGGUCAUGUGGCCAGCAGGACUAAGCCGCUUCUGGCAAACCAGAGCAGCGCACAGAAACGCCGUUUACCUUCCUGCCAGAGCAGUUCCUAUUUAUCUACUUGCACUUUGACGUGCUUUCGAACUGCUAGGUUGGCAGGAGCAGGGACCGAGCAACGGGAGCUCACCCCGUCGCAGGGAAUCGAACCGCCGACCUUCUGAUCGGCAAGUCCUAGGCUCUGUGGUUUAACCCACAGCGCCACCCGCCUCCCAAGAACCAAGGUACCACUGUAAUAAUAACUGUUAACGUUUUUUUGGCUGGCCAUCCAUCAGGGAGGUUUUAGCUGUUUCUCCUGCAGUGCCCAGGGCUGGACUAGAUGACUCUUGGGGUGCCGCCCUGUUUAACCCUUUGCCCUCCUUGUCUCCCUCCUUCCCAGGUAACACCAUGACCGUCUCCUACAUGUCGGGCUUGACUCUGGGCUCGGCUGUGGCCUAUUUUGCUUACAGCCUCACAAGCCUGUCCCACAGCACCUGCUUCCGCACCGAGACCUACAACAGCUCCAUCACGCCAGGGUACUGA